AUGGCACCAAUACGGUAUAGUUUACAUUAUGAAGAUUAUUCAGAACACUUAAUGUCUAGAUUUGGUAAACUAUUGCAAAUGCAGUCUUUAGUGGAUAUGACACUUAUGUGUAGUUCUCACACUUUGCGAGUCCACAAAGCAGUUCUUGCAGCAAGUAGCGCUUAUUUCCAGGAAGUAUUACAAAAACAGACCGGAGAACCGCUGAUUAUCCUAAAAAUGCGCUUCAGUGUUCUUAAGUCUCUGGUAGAAUUCAUGUAUUGCGGAAAAACGCAAUGCUUAGAGGAAAAUUUAGAUGAACUAGUUUCGGCUGCGCAAUUUUUAAAGAUCAAAGGUCUUUCUAAGGUGACAAAGGAAGGUCUAGGAAUCACUAAACACAGUGAUCUACCAAUUUUUACGCCGCCUGUGGUAAUUAAUCGGCCGCCGCAAUCUCUUAUUGACUUGCAUACACAGGAUACAUUCGAGCCAAAGCCGGCACCACCAGUAUCCUCCAGUUCCUGCCAGCCAGUGGACGGUUUCAGUCGGACGAACAAGGACAUGGUGGUUCGGAUACCGUUCGACAUUGAGAACGGCAGCGGUACAACGUCAAGCGGCGAUUAUACAGACACACCGCGCGUUAUCAGGCCGCGGCGAGGUCGACCAAGCAUUAGGCGAUCCAUGGGUUGGGACGGGCCCAGUGCGUUAGGAAGGGCGGCUGAACGCGCGUUGCUUCGUCGUGAGCAAGACUCGCGAAAGGCCAUACACCAACUUAAACAUCUGCAGACGAGACACAUGCAGGACUACAUGGAUCGGGUGACACUAUCACAAGCGGUUAAUAGCAUUUGCGAUCCGGAGUCUGCCGCGAAUACUUAUUUGAACAUGGAUAACGAUCUAAUGUACAUGGAUCAAUCAGUCUCAUCCAACGCCCUCGAUCAGACGAUGCCUUUCUCCAAGGACUCACUAAUGAAUGAAACUAUUACAUCAAGUUUCGCUAGCACAAACACAACAAAUUCGACCAACGAAACUGUUACAAGUGGUAUCAGUACCGCCAUGUCGCAGUACGUAAAUGCUUUAAAAAAUGCCGGCUUACCUACCGAUUUACCAAUUCUUUUUGAAUCGGGCGACGGCUCGUACAUCAAUGUAAACGAGCAAGUACUUUUAGAUAUGGUACAGAGUAGCGAGAUACAAUAUGAAGUCAUUGAACAACCCAACAUAAUAGAAAAAGUUUCCGAUCCUAGCGAAAUAAAAAGCAUAGAUGACCUGUCUAAAUCAAUAGAGAGGGGGGAGAUGCUUAUGGCCUCAAAGAAUUUUAACAGUAGUAAUUAUGACAAAGACUCGCAAUAUAAUCGUCACGAAGAUGCAAUUAACAGCCUGAGUUCAAUUCUACCUGAUAACCUAGAAUCAUUUGCUGAACAACAAAAUUACGUUGUUCUCGGGCAUGAUCUUCAAGAAAAUCAACCGAACAUGGAUUCUGUAACCUCACACGAUUUCUCGUGUAUCGACAGUGACAUGCAGUUUUUCACUAAAUCAAUGAGUGAUGAUGUGAAGAAAUUUUACGAGGAUCAACAGUUAAACGAUGCAAGGGUCAUGGAGCAGCUCUGUCCGAGCACAUCUCUCGAUACAAAUUUCAAUAUGUCCUUGUUAGAUUCCAAAAUCUCACAUCUCGGUGAGAAUAUGUCACAAACAUAUAACACGUUAAACAAUGAGGAUAUGCAAAGAAACGAAGAUUGCUACGACUUCAGUCUACAACUGCCGCAAGGCUCUGACUUUAAAGAUCCCCUCGAUUGUUUAAUUUCCAAUUCUAAACAAAGUGAUGACGAAAAAAAUGAUUUUGAUGUUCACGACCACUUAGAUAAGAGAGCGCAAGAAAGAGAAGACUUAAUCAAAGAUUUAAUGAACAUAGAAGAUAAGAUUAACUUGGAAAAUAGCAGUACCGUUAUUGAAAACGAAAAAGUGGUAUCAGAAUCUAAUGGAGAUUUUAACGUAGAGGAAGUUUUUCAAAAGGAAGUAAGUGAAACAAAUGAAACAGAUCGUGAUAAAACAGAUAAUUUAGGAAGUGAAUUACAAUGGGACCAUAUUAAGGUAAGCAAUAACAUAAGCGACAAAAUGUGCAAAACUGAAAACAUUGUAAAUGAUUCAGAUGUAACAAAAAAUCAAGAUGCAAUAGUUGAUUCAACAGAACAAAUCAAACAAAAAUCAAAUGAAUGGGAUGAUGUGUUAAAUGAAAAUAAUGAUGAGGCAAAUAAAGAAAAUUCAGAACAUGUAAAUCACGACAUUGAUUCAAAAUUACAAAGUGAUAUUCCUUUUGCUGUUGGGCUACUCCCUUUAAAACAAAUUCAAACCGCAGACGAAGAAGGUUUAUUAAAAAGGAGAAAAUCUAACGACUCUGACAUGUUAGACAUUGUAGAUGCAAAAUGUCUUAAACGAAAAGUAAAAUACAAAAAACUGUGA